CGUCGUGCGCAGAGAAACUACGUAAAACUAGUUUCCGUGUUUUAGUAGUUUUGGUGCUGCGUUGUGUACGUGAGACUUUUGUGAAUGAAUAUUUUAGUGUCUGUGCUCGUGUCGUGAAGUGUGUUCAAAUAAAGAUUUUGCAUUUUUUAAACGUCGGUUAGUUCUAAUUGCAUUGUGUAGUUGGUCGUAAAGCUUAAGCCGACUGCCGCAAGUUGAAAGGCGAUGGCCGAGGAACCAUUGAAGCUCUACUGGGACCAUUUCUUCAAAGCGGAGACCGGAACAUACGAGAAAUCAGCGUGGCUAGACUUGUUCUUAGCGGAAUUCCUUGUCAGACUUAAUGGCGGCGCAGAUCCGAAAGAACUCAUAAACUUUUGUCCCGUGAGCGGCGUCGUGACGCUAGUGGGCUGCGAACUGCUUUGCGGGAUCCAUCGCGUGACGUCAUCGCUGAGCGCGCACAGUUCACCCAAAGAAAAUGAUGUUGCAGUACCAGUGGAGGAAAAAGAAGAUCGUCCGACAAGUCUGUUCACAAAGACCAACUCACAGUCGACCGAAGAAGUGCUCCGCAAGUACUUGUUGGGAGGCGUGGCGUGGCGCUGUCUGGCGCUGCUCCGAGCGUUAGGAGUCGAGGGCCUCUCAUGCUGUCGACAACUGAGUUCCGUCCUCAUCUGGCUUUUCGGUGAGCUAAGCGCGGGCGCGUCCACUCCGGCGCAGCCGCGUCCGCGCGGUCGAAGGGCGCCCAUACACCAACUAUUUUCCAACAGAAUAUGGUCCAAACAGAAGCCAGCUGGCAGUCCGGCGUCAAAGGUCAACAACACUCCAGUAUCGGACCGGGGUACGACUGGCCGAUCGAGACACGUAAGCCAAAGUAAGGACGAGGCCAAAACGAAAAGGAAAUCGCUCAAGCAAGAAUUGUCUUCCGAGUCUGGUGACUCCAACGACGACUUGCAGGUUCUGAACCGGUCGCUCGCCAUCAAAAUUUCUUCUCCCGACGAUUUCGAGUACUUCAACUCGCCUCUAAAGUCUUCCAAUGAGUAUGCCAAUGAACUUUACGGCGAUCCCUUUCUUUCACCAAAGAAAACAAAACCAAAACCAGACGAUUAUAUAAACGAAAAGCAUAGAGAGGUUAUAAAUUCUGAAAUAUCAGCGUUUGAGUUUAUUCUUAUGAUCACGGAUUUACUACAAGAGCUGUGUAAAGCUGAAAGCAGUCUGUCGGGGUCUGAAGGUUCACAAAUAUCAAUGCAAUGUAUAAAUUUCUCUUUGAAAAAUCUAUGCUCUCUACAGUUUGGCUCGCUUCCCGCUUGUUCAAAGAGCGCGGAUGAAGUCUCCCACAUUAAAGUCGCCCUAACAGAGCUACUAAUCGUCUCAUUAGACAAAGUUCUUAUCCGACCCGACUUGUGUGCUAAACUAAUAAACAAUGGCAUACUACCAAUGCUGCUAAGAAUAUUAGAGGACGUAAUCUGCAAAUCUAGCUCUAAGUACCACAAGAAGGAUGAGAAUCUCGCCAACGAUAUUUUAACAGAGGCUCAAUCUGACGAUAUGCUCAGAUUCGUUUUCGGAAUAGCAUAUUCUAUCACAGCUUUCUUCCACUGCCUUCUUAUGCAGUGUCGUACGUUGGACAACUUAAGGGAAUUCACCGACCAGUUCAAAUUGUACGGUGAGUGUCUCAAAGGCGGUCUACUCAGAGAAUGCGUUGAGUUGAUGAUCAGGAUAAAGGGUGUGGAUAACGACGAGGCUGUCACGCUUAUUAAGAAGCUGUUAGAGUCCGUGGGGAAGCUGAUAAGCGGAAUGAAGAGGGUGCGCAGCGAGGUAGUGCACUCCGCAGCCUGCCCCCGUACUAGACAUAAGGUGUGCCGUGCGCGAGUCGCAGCGGGCAUGCAUCAUCAUCAUGACAUUCUAGGCGAGGCCAGUAUAGAUCUUCCCCUAUCAUCCACGUGUUGCGUAUCAGUUCUGUACGGUACACUAGCUUGUUUAUUAACGGACGAGGAAGUGUCCGGUCAGGCCCCGCUCAGGCAUAAAAUACUGCGUGUCAUGCUAAACUCUGGAGUCUGCUGCUGCUUUUCCCCUGGACUCCUCAUGGAGAACAUCGUCCGAUUGAUGUUAACGCACGACUCAGUUGCUUUGAAAUGUCUCCAAGUUUUAGAACAUACUGUGUAUGGAGACUUGGGGGCGAGCGUGCUCAUACCGAAGGUCACAGACCAGCUCCCUUGUUCUAUUUGCGAGCCGAGCGAUGACAAAAGGUUCGCUAAGAAACACUGCCUCCAUUCCGUUAGCCCUGUUGAUCGGAAGAGUAUAUGGUCCUUCUUAAUCCACUACAACUCUUUACUACAACUGGAUAAUCAUAACAAUGUGUUGCACGCAACAGUGUCGCAUUUGCUUCGAGUCACACCAAAGUGUCGGUUAGAAAUGAAGCACGAGUUACUCUUUAGCGUGAUAUACCCGACUUUCAUAGUGGCCAAACAUAGAUACAUUAUUAGAAUGGAGGACUCUGCAUACUUCCUGACCGUAUCGUGUCUAAAUAUAUUUUCCAGUCUACUAAACACGGUGUCUUUUGCCGAUCAAUUCAUUCAAAAAGGAGGCCUCAGUUACGUGCUUGAACUUGUUUCUCUACCAGAAUUCUCAAACCAAUGUUGUUCCAUACUCGAAAUAGCUAUUACCGUAGAGAUAUUCAAAUUGAUUAAGGAGAAUACCACCACAACUUAUUAUAGAGAAAUAAGCUCUCUAGCAUCAAUCCAAAUGCUAUUCAAGUCUCUGUCAGAAACUACACAGAGAUGCUUUAAAAUCUACCGCCUGAAACUUCCGGAAGAAAAAUUUGAAGAGCUUUCUGAUGUUACGGAAGAAAAGAAACGGUUAUCAUUCAAAGAGAAACGCCGUGAUUCGUCACAUUUAAGAAAAUUGUCAAUUUCUAUGCCGAAAGCGAUAAAAACCAGCUUUGCUGCGGGUGAAAACGUGAUAGAAGAGUCUAUAGAUGAUUACUUAGAGGCUUUGAAGAAUUCAUGGACGUUCUGGAAAUCAUGUGCGGCGCUGUGUCUUUAUAGUCCUGUGUUCAGACAAUACGUGGUUGACGAGGACGUGUUCUUGGACAGCUUUGGGCUGCUGCGAGUGCUGUUGUACUUCGUGUGUAACUGCGAGAGCUCGCCGGCGGAGAUGAGACUGCUGAUUAAGAUCGUGGAGGCCCUGCUAACGGUGCAGUUCUCCGUGUCAGAUGUAACAUCCGGCCGAUCAAAAGAGGCUAGCUGCGCUGUGGUACGGGCGGCGCUGAGCAACGCGGGAACUAACGGAAGCGCGGCGUUGCGUGCGCUGUGCGAGGCCCUAGUGCGCGUUGCUGUAGCUGAACCCAGCGUUGCGCACGCCAUGCCGCCUCCCCCACCUCAAGCAAAGGUGCCCCCUCUCCUGUGCCCCUCCGGCAACAGUUCCGUGGAAGGUUCCUCCAGCGAGAGAGUGUUGCCGUGCCCUACGCGUCCGAACACAGUGAACCAUACUACCGAGCCGAUGAGGGGUACGAGGCAGACGUGGAAAUUGUCGGAAUCCUUGUCUUCGCUGAGCAGCGUUACCGGAACGGAGCCUGCUUUGGGGCCAGCAUGCUCACAGUACGCGGAGAGCGGGCGGCUAGCGCAUCCCGAGCUAUGCGUCAUCGUGCUGGACAUACUCACGGAUUUAAUACACAAAUUAGUAUCAGCACCCGACGGGCAAGAAGGCGCGCGCGCGUCGGGCGCGUCUUUAGCGCGCGCGUGCUGCACGCGCCUCGCCGCUGCACUAGGUCGCGCCCGUGCUCCGCCCCCGCCUCUACUAGGCCGUCUGCUGGGCCCCAAGACUGCCGCCUUACUGGAGCUGAGCGAUCCCGAUCUUGCAGAACUUCAACGCAGCAUCCUCGAGCUAAUCCACGUGGUGGCCAUGCGGUCGAUAAGCGGCUCUGAGCUGGCACUGCUGCUACGUCUAUGCGCGCGGCGGGCGGCGCUCCCGGCGCUGUUACCGACGUUACUCCGGCUGGCUGGGGACGCGGAGCCCGCGCCGCUGGCUGUCCUCGCCUUCCCUGUCACACAGUCUACAGACGCCGGGCCCAUCGGGCGGAGAGACGGCUUCGAGGACGUGAGUGCUCCGGCGCACAGCGCACACGCGGAGGCGGCGGCGCGGGGGCUCCGAGAGGCUCAUCUAAAGGCGGGUUUGAACUCGGCAUGGGCACUGCACGCGGCGCGUUGCGGUGCAGAGGGCGCAGGCUGGGCGCCGUGGCUACAAGGCUUCGCGCUGACUACUUGGCUACGACGUCAUCCACCCAACGAACCACUAAACGAAUGGAAGGGCUCAGAGCGUUCACUCGACGCGACGGAAAAAGACGUAACUUCGGAACUACACGUACUGACUAUUGGACACGAUUCGCUCCUGCUAGAACUAUGGCUACACACCGACUCCGGUGCGUUCACACUACGCCUCUCGCGCCCCGAAACAUCAUGCUACAAAGUGCUGAGUGAGACUCGUGUGGAUGCGGCCUUACCGCCCGCGCAAUGGUGCUGUGUAGCGCUCAACGUCAAAGAGGUCGUGCAUAAGCGGAAAAUACACAUACAGGUGACACUUUACAUAGAUGGAUGCGAGUGUGAAACAGUGUCCCUGCCUUUACAAGGCAUCCUGGUCCGCAAAGUGACUCCAACACACCUACUAGUGGGUCAUUCGGCCGCGGCCCGUGGCGGGUACCACAUAUCCGGGUGUUGCGUGUACCGCGCGCCCGUGCUGAGCGCCGCCGCCGCGCUGCACGCCGCCGCGCACGCGCCCGCGCCGCACCCGCACCUUGCGUGCCAGGUCGAUAAUGAAAUUGCAAAUUACUCAAGACUCUUGACACCGAACGUGCUGGAUUCAAACAUCGAUUGGGAUCAGGUUUACGAUAUGUCCGGAGCAGCGCUUCGAGAGCUGAACGAAAAUUUGUUGUUAUCCUUCAGCGCACACGCGCCUAAUAUCGUCAAUCUAUACCACCAGACCACACCAUUACCCACAGUGUUUUCGACGCGCCAUCCGGGCCCGAAGCCAGUAGCGGGCGCCUGUGUCCCCGAGCCGCUAGCAUGCACGUGGAACGUGCGCUGGAAAGCGUCUGGGCACUGCGGCAUCGCACCCGCGGUCUACAUGCUAGGCGGGCCGUCUGUGCUGCUGUAUCUCUUCGCCAGGGUGGUAGAAAUGGAGGCGAGCGCGGAAGAGCAAGCAAUGGCAUUAGGAAUAGUUCUCCGCGUAUGCCGCGCUGAUAACCGACUGCGAUCGGCAUUGCACGGCGCUGACGGCUUGGAACUGCUGCUGCGAGUGUUUGGGGCGCCAAAGUGUCGUCUGACGCGUCGUAUGCUGCAGGUGAUUUUAGAGGAAGCCUGUACUAGUCCAGUGCUGACGUCCACUGGAGCCGGAUUAGUCGUCAGCGGAGCUGACGCGGUGGUACGCGAGCCAGCGCUGCUAGCGCUGCUGGUGCAAGCUAGUCGCCAUCUCGACACGGAGGAGGAACUCGAAUGGGAAGUGGAAGGGGAACGUAUGCGCGGCUCUCUAUGGGCGCUGACCCUAUGCUGCAUACGGUCGCUGCUAGAAGACGCGGGCGCCAGGAGGUGGCGCGCCUUCAACCAGCAACAACUACACCGGCACCACUUGCUGCGACUGUUGCUGGCUGCUUGCAAGGUAUAGUACAUCCAGGAACUAGAAGUGGAACGUAUGCGCGGCUUCCUAUGGGCGCUGACGCUAUGCUGCAUACGGUCGCUGCUAGAAGACGUGGGCGCCAGGAGGUGGCGCGCCUUCAAUCAGCAACAACUACGCCGGCACCACCUGCUGCGACUGUUGCUGGCUGCUUGCAAGGAACGCUUCCUAAACUCUGAGGAUAACCCAAGCCGCAGCCCAGACGCAGCGGGCGCAUGCCUCGUGGGGGUGGUGGGGGGCCUGCUCGGCUCCCCGCCACUCCCCUGCCACCUGGCGGAGCUGUGCGACUUCCUGCUCCUAAUGCAUCAGGCAAGCGACACGUUUGUCACGCAUUCGCGGGCGAACUUCUACUUCCUCCUAACAGCAGACACACAAGAAACCAGUGAGUUCAUGCUGAAGGCGCGACGACGGGACCCCGAACCAGAGAUCAAUGACAGCGGGAGCCUGCGAGAUGAGGACAGUAAGCUGAUGAAGGGCAUCAUAAACAUGCAGAUCAAAGAGGGCAGAAAACACAAUAUCUCCUCCACGUCAGAAAAUUCGGAUUUAAACAUUGAAACAAGCGGCGACAUGAUAGACCCUGUCGUAGAAAACGAGAUCGCGCCCGAGGACGCGCUCAGCGGGUACAUAGUGGUCGACGUGGACGACGUAUCGCACACGACCGUCGAGAUGUACUCCAGCGGGAUCUACCAUGAGAAACGAGUACGCGCCGGCGCCGCGCCAGGGUGGACGGCUUGCGAGGGUCUACUACUUCUCCUGCGCGACGCCAUCUUACUGCUCUCCGAACAUGACUUGGCUCAGGCAAUGCAAGGCGCCAUACAACCCGAAGCGCUAAUCGUGCUCGCGAACCACCGAGACGCGGGCGUGCGCGCAGCGGUUCUGCGUGUCGUAGGCGCGUUGCAGCGUCGUGGCGUACCCGCGCUGCAGCCGCGGGCGCCGCAGAAGACAUACCUCUACAGACAUCUAGCCAACCAGAUAGCCUUAUACCCGAGCUCUUUAGAGCUGGCUGCAGCCUGCGCCGCCCUUGUCACCAAGUGUGACGUGCCCUUGGAGGACCAGCUUGAGGACGACAUUUGGGUGGAUGUUUCUGUCGAAAUGCUACACUGCGCGGCGCCGCUUCUGGCGACACUUCCAACCUGCCUACACGAUCCACCGCUAGCGCAUAACGUGUCUCUACUCGUCCGCCGCAUCAUUGACAAGGGUUCCCUAAAGCUUCUCUCCGAGAUGAGUGUAGCUGAAGUGACCGUGCGUUGUAUACGCGAUCUUGGUGCGACGGGAGAGUUCAACGGACGUGCGCUACUGUUGUCCGACAUGGGAGCGCUACUUGCAAAGCUCGCGGUUAAGGCGCUCGAGUCACAUCACCACAUGCAGAUAAUCACCGAUAUGCAUCAUAUGCUGACAUAUGUGGAGCUGACGGCCGAAAGCGAGAACGUGGCUCGAGCAGCACGCGCUGCCCAGGUAUCGUUAUUCGUGGCACAACUCGACCACUUGGAUGUAGCGAGCCGCGCGCGUCAGAAAUACAACAACUACUUCACGAAUGUAAAUGAUUUCGCAGUGCUCUCAUCAGCAGUAUCACUGGGUACAGAAGGAAUUUCACAGACUGAACUGGAAUCUCGGCAUCUAGCCACUGUCACUGCUGCGGUGAACUUUUUGCAGUCGCGUUCUCCAGCGCUACCGGUCCACUCUGAGGGCGAGUUAGUGGAGCUACUACUAGUCAUGCUUAUAGCCGCCGUGAGCGGCGGUCUUCCAACGCGACGGGCGUGGUGGGCAGGUUCUGGUGGAGAUGGAUGGUUGCGUGCUUUACGGGAACUAGUGUGGUGGGCGGGCGCUCCGGCCCCCGGUGCUCGCGCGCUUCAACCGCACCUUUUACGCGCGCUGCACGCCGCUCCUCACGUGGCCACCAUGCUCAAGCCUCCGCCGCCUUGCAGAAAGUUGGCAGUGUACCUCCUCCUGAUGUUACGUCACAUGCACGCGCUAGCCGAGAACGGCGGCGAGGGCGUUGAACUCGCCAUCACAGACUGGGCGCGCGGUUGGUGCGUGGCGCUACAAGACGGACUGGAGAAUAGACUGGGGGCAGCCCUGCAAGAUGAGGCCGCGGCGCUGUUGAGAGCUGAUGAAGAACGUUGGACUAAGGCUAGUCAUAGCCACACGGCUAACAUUGGCAAAGUAAUCUUCAGCAAGGAGUCCCUAGCGGCGCGCCUCACCGAGUCAGCAAUGGCCGCUACGCGAGCCGUGGUAGACGCGCAGAAUGGAGAACGUAAGGCGUUCAUGGAAGUCCUACGGCGGUCGCAGUCUUCUGCUGCUGUUGCGACGAGACGCUGGCAGCGGCUGGCCGACCAUCUUACUCAUGAACAAGCAUUAUGGCACGAGCCGGAAUCGUACCCCGUGUCAUGGGAGCUAGAUGGUGCGGAGGCGCCGGGCCGCGUUCGCGUGCGGCUCCGCCGCGCCCAUCUCGCGCUCAAACCUCGUUUCCUAAAGCCGAGCCAUCAGCACAAGCCCGCAGCAGCGCACAGCACAGUCCAUCUCCGCAGCAUCACAGGCGACGCUGGCGGCUUCCGCGGUGGGCUAGUCGCUCGACUACAACUGCACGAGACCGUGGCCCACAUGGCGCGUGUCACGCUCGUCACUGUAGCGAGAGAGAGGGACGGAGAACUGCUACUUACUGACAGAUGCAUUCACUUCGUUCCGGACUCACUGGGGGACGCGGAAGGCGAAGAGGCGCUAAGCUGGGCCCUAGAAGAUGUUCGCCACGUGGCCACUCGACGAUGGUGCUUGCAAGAACGGGCCGCAGAGUUGUUCCUGGCUGAAGGCAGAGCGUGGCUGCUGGCGUUUGCGGGAAACGCUGAGCGGACUGCGUUCCUACAACACACUGCGAAACAUUUACCCACUAGAAUGGAGCCCGAAACCCUCUCCGAAGCCAUGAACCAAUGGCGCAACGGUACCAUCACCAACUGGGAAUACCUGAUGAAGCUCAACGGACUCGCGGGUCGCACCUACAACGAUCUCAUGCAGUACCCUGUUUUACCGUUCGUGAUCGCCGACUAUAGCAGCAGGAUCCUGGACCUGAACGACCCGGCCACGUUCAGAGACCUGAGCAAGCCAAUGGCCAUACAGAAUAAGAAUAGGGAGCAGCAUUAUAUCAAUACGUACAACGACCUAAAAGCAGCCCGCCGUGAAGGCUGCGGCGCGCUAGCGUCCCGCGAGCCACAUCACUAUGCUUCGUUGUACUCCAACCCUGGUUGUGUGUUACACUACCUCGUACGACUGCCCCCUUUCACGCAACUCCUGCUGCACUAUCAAGACAACAACUUCGACAUGCCGGACCGCACAUUCCACUCGUUGGCGACAACGUGGCGACUCAUCACCAACGACUCGCCCACCGAUGUCAAGGAGCUCAUACCCGAACUGUACUAUUUGCCUGAACUGUUCCACAACGACGAAGGCUUGAAUCUGGGCGUGCGUCAAUGCGGCGCGUGCGUGGACGACGUGGAACUCCCGGCGUGGGCGGCGGACGCGCGCCUGUUCACGCUCGUCCACCGCCAGGCGCUCGAGGCGGCGCUGGUCACCGAGAGCCUGCCGCACUGGAUCGACCUCGUGUUCGGCUACAAGCAGACCGGACAGGCCGCCAUUGAUGCUGUCAAUGUGUUCCCACACUGUACCUACUACGGCUUUGACCCUGAGAUGUUGUCCGACGAAGUGGACCGCACGGCGGCGGCCGCCAUGGUCCGCACGUACGGGCAAGCACCGCGGCAACUGCUGCGCGCGCCGCAUCCGCACCGCGCGUCUGACCUUGCCCCUACUACUGAAAGACAGCCGCAAGUAUGGGCGGGGGUGGAAGGUGCCCGCUGGGGCCGGUACUGCGGCUCGCCCGCUCUCGGCGCGCCGCGAGUGGCGUUACGCCGAUCUUUAGGCGGCGCACGACUUGCUCCAUUACCCGAGCGCGCGCACGCCGCCGCCGCCGCGCCGCCGCACAACGCUCUGUUAGCGCUGCCUGCGGAUCACGGCGACGUCUCAAACUCGUCGGGAGAUUCCUGUCUAGCUCUGCUAUCGUGGGGCCACUCCGACGGCGUGGUGCGUCUCAAGCGACGCCGCGACACACCGCUCGAACCCGUACUGCGAGUAACCCCUCUCGACCAGAUAACAGCAGUAGCGACGUCGUGCACGUCAGCCUCGUGCCCGGUCGUGAUCGGGCACGCGUCGGGCCGCGUGCUAGUGCUGCUCCCGCGGCGCGGCGGCGGCGCGGCGUUGCGAGCUCGCUCGCUCGCGCUGCACGCGCACGACGCGCACGUGACCGACGUCGCUGUGUGCGUGCCCGCUGGGCUGCUGGUCACCGCUAGUGUUGACGGCAAGAUCGUGCUGUGGGACUUGAACAAACUGACCUAUAUCCGCACGCUCCCCAAUCGCGACAUGCUGCCAGUAACACACGUGGCCAUCAGCGAAACGCUCUGCGACGUUGCCAGCGUGCAUGACGUCACAGCGCCGACGACGAGCGCGCCGACCGCCGACGACGACUCGUACGAGAAGGACGCGGAGAACUACAAGUCGCUGAUACGAGUGCAUACUGUCAACGGGAGGUUUGUGGGUAGCGUGAAAGUAGCGGAGCGAGUAACCUGCAUAUGCUACUCGAACGCGCCGGAAGGGGUCAGCGUGAACGCCAUAGCGUGCGGGGACCGCAGCGGCGCCGUGCGGUUCUACAGCGCGUGGGACCUGCGGCCGCUCGGCGUGCUGGCGCCCGCGCACACCGCGCCCGCCGCACUCGGCGUCGUCAGCUUAACAUACAGCCUGGACAGCGAGAUCCUGUUCGGUUGCUACGCGGACGGCACGUGCGUGGCGUGGCACGGUGGUGGCGCGCGGCCCACCGUGCAGCUGCUGCCCGCGCACGCGCUGUUCUGACGCUCGCUGCGCGCGCGCUGCUGUCUCGCACCUGGCUAGCGUCACUAACCUCUACAAACAGUAGUAGCGACUACAAAUACAUACUACAAGCAGCUUCAACAGUGAGAUCCUGUUCGAUUGCUACAUGACUGGCGCAUUCGGCAACCUCGCGCCCGGCUACCAUCACUCACGUCUACAAAUUGAUAUACAACAUUCAGCUCCAAGAGCGAGAUCCUGUUCGGGUGUUACGUGGCGCUGCUGCGCCGCGCCCGAUGUUACUCAAGUCUACAAAUAGACAGCAUGCAGGUACAGUGCGUAGCACCAUUCAAUUCUACAAACAGACUGCAAAUUGAUACUAGCUCCAACAGUGAGAUCCUGUACGAUUACUACGUAGACAAUGCGCGCGGCAGUUCCUCGCCCAGCUAGCGUCCCUCACGUCUACAAACAGACAUAAAUAUUAUAGGACUAAUAUAGGACAUUCUUACACAGACUGGCUGAGUCCCACGGUAAGCUCAAGAAGGCUUGUGUUGUGGGUACUCAGCAGCGCAAUACAGCAGCAUAACAUGCAGCUCUUAUAGUGAGAUCCUGUUCUAUUGCGUGAACGGUGCGCGCUGCUGCUUCGUGCCCGACUUACGUCACUCACGUCUACAAAAAGACUGUUCAUCGCUCAAUAAAUAUGCAAUAAAUGACUUGCAAGCCGUCAAGCAAGCUUACUUUGAUUUUAUCGAAGUAUUGGCCUAGCCAAUUUUACAGUGCCAUGCGAUGCGGUGUUCCACUGUUAUUUCUUGUGGCUAGCUGAGACUUUUACACGUGUCUGUAUAUAUGAUCAAUGAUUACUCAAUAAGUUGUAUCACGAAUCUCAACGUCCAUUAAAUGUUGUGUGAAUAUGUCUACGCUAAAAUAUAAUUUUGCCAAAGCCCAUGGAAUGGUUUUGUGAUAAUAAAUUGUAUAGAGACAUAGUUUUACUAUGACUGGUUGUCUUCCGUGAGAGUCUAGCUUAGCAAAAUAUGCGUAUAUUAAUAUGUAUAAUAAACGUAUGAUAUUUCCACAUAUUCGAAGAUGUUGCAGCUUCCUUUAUUUAUAAUAUUUGUAGGAUGUUUGUUCGAAUGUAUUAUAUUGUAUAGAAUCGUGUUAUAACAUAUUCCGAUCACAAAUCAAAUCGGACUGGCAAUCCAUUCCCUUUUUACAAAUAUGUACGUUAUAUGAAAUCAGAGUGGUUUCCUCAAUGAAUACUUGAAUGAGUUACUCAAACUGCUCAGUGGCCAUCCUAAUAUUAAACUAAUUAUUUAUUUAUUUUAUUAUAAAUGGGCUAACUCUUGGCCACGGACUAGCCAAAGGCAAAGACGUGGCCUACGUUGGAGUUAGCUCGCCCAGAAGAUAGAUACCUGUUCAAGUGUUCACUAACUAAUUGAUCAGUUGCCGUCUACCCACAAUUGAUUGGCAUUCUUCACUCGAUAAUUUACGCUCGACCACACCUAUUAGACAGUGGUGUAUAUAUUUGCUCAAAGCUAUUAUGCCAUUGUAUAUGCAGUGUUAUAUAUAAUGUCUGCCUCAUUGGCCAAGCCAAAUGAUUAAGCAAUAACUUUUUUAUAUGAAAAUAUGUAGUAGUUAAAUAAGGUAAUUUGAUAACUAUGAUUACUCUUGUGUUUUAUAUUGAAACAAAUAUUAUAUUUGGCAACUGAAAUCAAACAAUUAGCUUUCCGUUUGGGUUUGGAAGGAUUUCUAUUGAACUUCUACAAGCAAUAUUUGGUUUUUAAACAAAUUACCUACUGUGUGUAUAUUUAACGCAGCUCAUAAAUGAGAUAAAAUACAACACAAAAUGUAAAGAAGCUAAAGUCGUUGUUUAGUUUUAAUCACAGACUACUAAGAUAUUGUAAUAUUAUAUUGCAGUUUUUGGCGUUACACUCGUUACGUAGUAUAAUUAAAUGAAAUAACAUAAUAAAUUGUGGAACUUAAAGAGUAUAGCUACAGACAAUAGGGAAUUAUUGAAUAUCAUAAAUGUUUUAUACACACUCUUUAUUUUUUACCUAUAUUUUAAUAAAUUCCUAGAUGUAGGUACCUACCUAAGAACAUGAAUACUAUAUUAUGUAAUACAGAAUAAAAUGUUUUAUAAUUGAUAUAAUUAUUUUGCUUAGUGUAUAUAUUUUAGCCAUGUACCUGAAGCAUCCUCAGUAUGAAAUUGUCAUCAAAGAAAUAUCGAUAAGAAAAGUUUUAUUUUGUUAUUGUUACUCUGCCAAGGAAACAGGAAUAAUAUUCUUAUUUAAGCUAUGAAUACAUUUUUAAUAUAAUAUU